UCAAGUUCGAAACAACUUCACUCGUACACAUGAACAAACACGGACAACAAAAAUAAUUGGAUGUGCCUGGUAACCAUACUUUUCUUAUAAACGUUUGUUCUACGUUAUUUCUUGAGUUUAUUCUGAAUAAGAGAAGAAGCAGCUCGGCUUUACAUCCGAUCAGCCAUGAUCGAAAUCUUGUGUAAUGGCAGGUGAUACCCAAGUUCCUAACCCCAAUUCUCAAUUGUCUAGCACUGGCAAUAUACCAAACAAUGGCUCAUUGUUCUAUCUGCAAUGAUGUCCAAUGGAAUUCAGAGAUCUUGCUUUGUUGUACCAUAACUCUUCAGUUGAAAAAUGGUGCAGCUCGUCACGGUUAUGAUUUUAGGACAUUGAGUGAAAAGACUUGGUUACAAUUCCAAUUGCUGUACAUUCUGUCACAAUCUGAUGAUGGAGCCGAGAACGUAUUUGGCUCCAGUAGGACUGCCCGUCUUGUCCGUUUGGAAUACAAGUCUGGUCAACGCACAACUGUUGAUCAACAUUCAUGUGAGCAGCUAUCUAUUAAAAUCAAGUGGCCCUAUUAUCUAAUUAGAAUUGGAGCUAAUGGUCUAUGUAUUCCCAACCUGUUUGGCCUCGAGUUUGUUACAUUGGAACAGGCAGAUGUUCUAUUACCUCUCUGCUCUUUGUGGAGAAUCUGUAAUUUGGGGCUUGCACAAUCUACCUCCGAAGUCAAACUAAACAUUCGAGGGGCUGUACUUGUUCUUACUAUGACUUAUUUUAAAUUUCAUGAAUUCAUCUGAUUUUAUUGACAA